CUUCCUUGGAUCAGGUUCCCUCGUCGCCCUUCUCCGUCUGUCUGUCGAACCAUGGAAGCGUGCGACGAGAGCAAUGCGUGCGGUGGCGCGUGACAAAACCAGGGCGGUAGAAACGUUCUUCAAGAACUAGCUGCUGCUGUUCUCCUCCCCUGGCAUUGCUCCUUGUGGCGUCAACGCACAUCUACUGUCACCAAGAUCACAGUUUCAUCAAUGCAUCGAGGCAACCCUGUCACCUCCGUAAAUGUCGCCACUGUUGCGAAUGUCGCUUAUGUCGUCAGCCUGCCAACCGUUCGCAUCGCCUUUUAUUCGUCGCCAUGCGACCCUUCCCCGUCAGUCGUCGACGAGUUCAUCCAUUUCCUCUUCGCCGCUCUCCUUCUCGCUCAAGCUGCCUGCGGCGCCGCUGCAGUCUGGCUGCUACACGUGGCGAGGCUGUCCUUCCGCCACGUGUCACUCGACCGCGAACCUUUCGAACAUCGCGCAACUGACGGACAGAGCUAUUACUUGAGAACGGAAGAUUCCGCGAAGGUUUCGUCUUUGCCGGCUGAACCGCCUCAGGAUAAGCCUGUGGAUGCGAUAAAGUUUGCUACUACUGAUGACGUCACCGCGAUUGAUCGAAAUGCUGAUGACGUCACUUCCAGUCUGGAAAUUCCGGUUAACAGCACGGCAGGUGACGUCAUUCCGUGUUGCAGCAGCGAACGUGGGAAGGCCUCCGACGGCCAGGAGUUUGUCCAGGUGCUUUCAGCAGAGGUGGUUCAGGUGGUUUCAGCAGAAGUGAGGAGGAUGCGGAAGGAACUGGUGGAGGUUGUAUCCGGUGUAGCUGAGGGGAGGAGGGAGAGGGGAGAGAGUGGGGAGAGUAGGGAGAGCUUGGAGAGGAGUGAGAGGAGAGGAGAGAGGGAUCAAUUGGUAGAGGAAGAGAGGAAAGAAGAGGAGGCGAGAGGAGAGGGAGAGGAGGACGAGGGGGAGAGGGAGGAGGAAAUCAAGGAGAGAAGGAGAGCGGAAGUGGCAAGCGAGGAAGAGGAAGAGGAGAGAAAGGUGGAGGAAGAGAGGAAGCAGGAGAGGGAGCAAGAGAGGGAGGCGUUAGUGGGUGAGUUGGUUAAGAGACUGUCGCCCUUGAUCAAGCAGAGAGAGCAGGAAGAGCAGAAGCUACAGCAGCAGCAUCAGCAUCAGCAAGAGCAGCGUUGGCAGGAGCAGCAUCAGCAGCAGCAGGCUGAGGAACUGCAACAGCAGCAGCAGCAGCAGAGGGAGGAAGAGGGAGUAGAGGAGGAGGAGCAGAAGAAGAAAGAAGAGGAGGAGGAGCAGAAGAAGAAAGAAGAGGAGGAGGAGGAGCCGCAGCAACAUGGGCAGCAUGAGCCACAUGAGGCACAUGAUCUCUUGCAGAGGAUAUUGCAGGAGUGGGGGAGGGAGAGAGACGCGUGGCUGCAACGAGUGGAGCAGCUGGUGACUGUAGCGAAGGCGACUGAAAUGAGGGAACUCGGGCGGGAGUUGGUGCAGCAGGCGCUAGAGGGGAGGGAGAGGGAGAGGGCGAAGGAGAGAGAGGAGGACAGGGAGGAGAGGUAUGAGGGGUUGGCAGAGAGAGUGGGAGAGCAUUUGAGGAGAGGGGAGGAGGAUAGGAGGGCGGAUUUGGUGAGGGAGCUGCUGUGUGUGUGGAGGAAAGAGAGGGAGGAGUCGGAAGGGGGAUGGGGGGAAGGCAGAGGGGAGAGGGGGGAAGAGGUUUGGCAAGAGGAGGUGCAGGCAGGGAGGGAAGCAGGCUCGGAGGAGGGUUUGGCAGGUGGGCUGGGUGGCUUGGGUGGGAGUGGGAAGGGGGGUAUGUGUGCUGAUGGUGGUGAUGCUGGGUAUGCUGGUGGUGCUUGUGAUGGUGCUGCUGGUUUUGGUGAUGCUGCUGGUGGUACUGCUGGUGGUACUGCUGGUGGUACUGCUGGUGGUACUGCUGGUGGUACUGCUGGUGGUACUGCUGGUGGUACUGCUGGUGGUACUGCUGGUGGUACUGCUGGUGGUACUGCUGGUGGUACUGCUGGUGGUACUGCUGGUGGUACUGCUGGUGGUACUGCUGGUGGUGCUGCUGGUGAUGCUGCUGGUGAUGCUGCUGGUGGUACUGCUGGUGGUACUGCUGGGAGUGCUGCUGUUGAUACUGCUGCUGCUGCUGCUGCUGCUGCUGCUGGUGUUGACUCUGUGGUUAAGCGCCCUAAGGAGAGCAUGCUGACAGAAACGCAGGAGAGAAUUCCGGGGGACGCUCAGGGGAGUUCACAGGGAGAUGCAAACAAAAAUCUCCAGUGGGGUCAACAACAGACCGCCCCUGAAGGUGCGGAGGGGGGUGUGCUUAUAGAGAGCGGAAGGAGUGCACAGGGAGGCGUGACUGUAACGGGGGGAGGUAGAGCAGGGGAGUGCACAAGUGCACAAGGGGAAGCAGCUGGUGCCGAUACACAGGAAAGCGUGGUUAUACAGGAGGGAGACGUAGCGGGAUUCGUGGGGGACACUGCAGAAAGUGUGAUUAUAGCAGAAGGAGAGGCUGCAGGCACUGCGGAAUCUGUGACCCUAACGGAUGGUGCUACAGAAGGGGUGAGUGCGCGCCUCGGCCUUGUCCUUCCAACCCUCCACCUGCCCUUAGAGCGACGCAGGGUACCUGGGAGGACACCUGGCAGAACACCUGGCAGAACACCUGGGAAGGGACCUGGGAGAGGAAGUCAAUGGGAGCUUAUUUCGCCCAGUGCUGCUGGCGCUGCUGCUGCUGCUGCUGCUGGUUGGAAGGGGGAUAGGGGCGUGAGACUGAGAGUGGGUGGCAGGCGGUCGUUUAGGAGCGUGACUGAGGCGUCCCUGUACAGCCUAUUGGCUGGAUUCAUGGAGAGGCAUGGGGGGGGCAGGGGAGGGAGGAGAGAGAGGGUGAACGAGGAGGAAGAGGAGGAAGAGGUGGAAAAUGUGGAGGAGGAGGACGCGGGGUGGAGAGGGGAGGAGGAGAGGAGGGGGGGUGGAGAGGGGAGGAGGAGUGGGAAGAUGGUGCGACAGAUGAGUGUGGUGAAGGAGGAGGGGGAGGAGGAGCAGGGGAAGCAAAAGGGAGGGAGGUUUACUGGGGAGGGGGGGGAGAAUACUGGGAGUAGGCUGGGAGGAGGCGGGGAGUGGCAAUUAGAGGCGCCUCAGAAUACCAAGAGGGGGAGGGGAGGAGAUGGGGGGGAAGGAGAGGGAAGAGAGGAAGGAGAGGAAGGAGAGGAAGGAGAGGAAGGAGAGGAAGGAGAGGAAGGAGAGGAAGGAGAGGAAGGAGAGGAAGGAGAGGAAGGAGAGGUGGCUAUGGAGUGGACUCAGGAAGCGGCAGCAUGUGGUGGUGCUGCUAUGAACGAUGCGAUUGGUGACCAGGAAAGAGGGGUGGACGGACGAGAUGGCGACAAGGAGGAGGGAGCACGGAGAGCGGAAACACCGCCCUUUGCAUUGACUGACAACGACAUGCUAGACCCUUUUGAGUCGGCGCAAAUACCAGAGCAGCAGCAGGAGCAGGAGCAGGAGCAAGAGCAGGAGAGGCAGCAUCCGGCUAAUGAGGAGGGGAUUGAAAGGAGCCCGCCUCAGCAGCAGCAGCAGGGGCUGGAGCAGGUGCAGGAGGAGCAGUGGUUGCACCAUGGGACGAAGGACAAAAGGGAGAAGGAGAAGGGUGGAGAGGAGGAGGAGGAGGUGAUCGACCGAGCGAAAUUCCUGAAGAUACUGAAGCAGCACCAGCGGCAGCUGAGGCGGCAGCUGCAGCAGCAGGCAGAGGAGAACCACCGAAGCAGCCAGGGGAAAGGCCGCGAUGAUGCAGGGGAGGAGGAGGGGGAGGAGGAGGAGGAGGAGAAGGAGGAAGAAGAUGAGGAUGAGGAUGAUUUGGCAGUGCUGCGGCGGGCACUAGAGCAAGAGAUGGAGCUAGUCGACUCUUUAAGAAGGGAGUUAGACCAGGAGAGGGCGGCCGCGGACAGUGCUGCCCAGGCCAGCAUGGAGCUGAUCCGGCGCCUGCAAGAAGACAAAGCCGCCGCCCACCUGGCCGCCCGGCAGCGGGAGCGGAUACUAGAGGAGAAAGCGGUGUAUGACGAGGAGAGGGUGGAGGUGCUGAGGCAGAUCAUGCAGCGGCAGCAGGAGGAGGUCGAGUGGCUAGAGGGCGAGCUGGAGCGGUGCAGGAGACAGCUGGCCGUGCUGUGGGAAGCUGAUGUGAUGCAAGGGGAUGUGAUUCAAGGGGAUGUGAUGCAAGGGGAUGUGAUGCAAGGGGAUGUGAUGCAAGGGGAUGUGAUGCAAGGAGAUGUGAUGCAAGGGGAUGUGAUGCAAGGGGAUGUGAUGCAAGGGGAUGUGAUGCAAGGGGAUGUGAUGCAAGGAGAUGUGAUGCAAGGGGAGGUGAUGCAAGGGGAGAGAGUGUUGAGUUGGGGGAUGGGACGAGGUGCGAACGUGGAUUCGGCAGUAAGGCUUGGGGAUGCGAUGGAGAUUGAGGGUGGAGAGACGGAGUGUGUUGAGGAAGUGAGAAGGCUCCCCGAGAGUAGCAGGGAGGGAGAGCUGGUGCAGGGCGAAACUGGUCUUGGUAGUGGAAAGGAUGUGACGAGAACGGAUGUGAGUUUACAGGAGAGUGGUCGGGAGGAGGAGGAGGAGGCGGGAGGAGGUGACUGUGAGAAGGAGGGAGAGCGUUUGGUGGAAGACAAGGUGAUGGGGGGUGAGCGCAACAGGCCGAUAUGCCAAGGAAGUGGGGGAGAUCCAGUGGUGACUUUCGACUCAAAACCUGAAAUUAAGUUUCGAGAUGAACCUGAAGGAGAUGGGGAGUUGGCUGGUGCUGUUUCGGAGGGGGGGAGCGGGGAUGGGGGGAAUGGGGGGAAUGGGGGGAAUGGGGGGAAUGGGGGGAAUGGGGGGAAUGGGGGGAGGGAUGAUGAGGGGCGGGUGGUUGCAAUUGGAGGGGAGGAGGUGAAGGAGGGAGGAGAAGAGAAGGAUGAGGAGUAUGACAGGGAGGGCGAAAAGAAGAGGAUGGAUGAGGGUGGGGGAGGGAUGGUGGGCAACAAUGCUGCAAAGGAGGAGGAGGACGAGGAGGAGGAGGAGAAGGAGGAGGAGGAGAAGGAGGAGGAGGAGAAGGAGGAGGAGGAGAAGGAGGAGGGGGAAGAGGAGGAGGAGAAGGAGGAGGAGGAGAAGGAGGAGGGGGAAGAGGGGGUUAAGGAGGAAAGUGUGGAGGGAGAGGAGAAGGAAAACGAGCAAGGAGGGGGGGAAAUGGAGGUGACAGCAAGUGAGAACCCGGAGGAUAGGAAGGAGGAGCAAGCGGGAAAAGGUGAGGAAGCUGAGGAGAAGAAGAAGACGCUUUUUGAGGCGCCUCAGAAAGGCGAGGAAGCUGAGGAGAAAGAGAAGACGAUUUUUGAGGCGCCUCAGAAAGAUGAGGAAGCUGAGGAGAAGAAGGAGGUAGAGGAAGAGGAGGCGGAAGGGGAGAAAAAGGAGAAGGUGGGAGAGAUGGAGGUGGAUGUGGAGGAAGAGGAGGAGCAAAAGGAGCAAGAGGAGGGGAAUGAGGAGGGGGAGGAGGAGCAGGAGAAGGGGGAGAAGGGGGAGGAGAUGGAGCAUGCAGAGGAGGAAGAGGAGGCAGAGGUACAAGGAGAGGCGAGAGGCGAGAGAGGGGAGGAGGGAGGGGAGGAGGAGGGAGGGGUGGAGGACGGACGAGUGGGUAGAGAUGAGCUGAAGAAGGAUGGGGUGAUGGAUGGAGAAGGACGGCAAAGAGAGGCGCACACAGGCGGGGCAGAAAAGGGCGGGGUGGAAGCAGGGGGGGCGGAAGUAGGGAAGGCGGAAGCACAGCAAUCAGCGCCAACCACGCCGAUCGAUCCAGACGAAGUGUGGCGCGAGUUUGAAGCGCAGAUAGACCCAGAGGAAGCAGGGAUGAUGAUGCUGAUGCAAGGCGCAGCGCAGGGCAUCACUCCUCUGGGCUCCCCCACAGCCAUAGGGGCAGCUGCAGUCAGUGGCACAGGGAGCGGAGCAGGGAGUGCAUUUCGUUUGCCGCGGCAGCUGACUCCGAAUGACGAGACGAAGCGAGCUGCAGCGGCACGGCAGGAGGAGAAGAGGAAGCUGCUGGACUGCUUGAAUGCGCUGGACAUGGAGAGCGAGAUCCGCCUCAUGGAGCUUGAAGGGGGGCUGCCCAAGUGAGGGUGAAGGGGGGUGGACAAGUGAAGGGGGGCUGCCCAAGCGACAGCCCUGCCGUGGUGGCUGCAUGUGAGUUGGCCAGCAAAAGGUGUCUCUGCGUGUAAGAGCAGCCUUCUUGAAUGCGCUGGACAUAGAGAGCGAUAUCCGGCUCAUGGAGCUCCAAGGGGGGCUGCCCAAGUGGAGGGGAGCUGCCCAAGUGAAAGGGGCCUGCCCAAGUGAGUAAUGUGGCAAUGACAUGGAUGUGCCUAGGUGGCUCUGUAGGGAACCUGCCCAAGGGCUCUUUUACCAUGCCUGUGAGAAGGCAGUGUGACAUGGACCUUGCAGCAGGGAUGGUUGAUUUCCGUACUGCGCGAGUAAUUCUUGAUCUGGAUACAGUGCCAGCCAGGUUAGUUGUGUGUAGAGUCGACUCAAAACACUUCUUGAACUAGAUACAGUACCGUGCUAGGUUAGGUUCACUUUUGUAGAAGCUAGGUCAGCUUUAAAUCUUGCAAUCGCUGCCAGCCAUCUUUGGUAUAAAGGCGGUGGCUAUUAGUGGCUAGCUACAUUGUUAGUAUAGUACCAUGCCUACUACUGUAGUUCUGUUAUUUUUCGAAUCAUC